AUGGCCACCGUCGAGCACUGCCUCUACUGCUUCGAGUCCCUCGCUGCCAAACUCGAGGGCCGCAAGGGCAUGGACCUGGGCGACGUCCAGACCUCCUACGCCAAGUACGCCGCCUCUGUCGCUUCCGACGAUGCUGCAGCCGGGGAAGCCAAGCCCGGCAAGCCCGCCAAGAAGCUCCCCGCCCUCCGCCGCCUGGUCGGCGGCUCCAGCUCCUCGAGCACGUCCUCCUCCUCCUCCCUCCAGUCCCCCGAGUCCGCCUCCGGCAGCUCGAGCUCCACAUCCCUGUCGGCGAACACCUCGGCGACCUCCGUGGCCGGCGGCGCCCCCGAGCCCGUGACCGACCCGGACGCCGAGUACCCGCUCUUCGUCACCUGGAACAAGGCCGCCGGCAGCGGCGCCGAGUACCACCUGCGCGGCUGCAUCGGGACCUUUGAGGCCCAGCCCCUGGCCGACGGCCUGUCCUCGUACGCCGUGAUCGCCGCCCUCCACGACAGCCGCUUCAGCCGCGUGUCGGCGCGCGAGCUGCCCUCGCUGCAGGUCGCCGUGACGCUGCUGACCGACUUUGAGGACGCGGACGACAUCCUCGACUGGGAGCUGGGCACCCACGGCAUCCGCAUCUCGUUCCAGUGGGAGGGCCACCGCCACGGCGCCACCUACCUGCCCGACGUCGCCACCGAGCAGGGCUGGACCAAGGAGCAGACCCUCGUGAGCCUCAUGCGCAAGGCCGGCUGGGAGGGCAGGCGUGACCGGUGGAGCGAGGUGGCUGAUGCCGGAUCCAUGAAGGUCGUCAGGUACCGUGGCGACAAGGAGCAGCUCGUCUUUGACGAGUACAAGGCGUGGAGGGACUGGGCGGACGAGCACUCGGUUCGGAAGUAG